AUGACAGCAGCUGCAUGUUAUACAUCAAAUCCGAUUAUCUAUCAAAUACAAGUAAUCUCAACAAGAUCACAAUUUGCACCAAUUUUACCUCGAACUACAUUAUCAUCAUCAUCAUCUUCUUCAAUUAUUUCAAUAUCAGAAAUUCAUAGACCAAUUAAAUUAAAAAAAGCAAUCAAAAGUGAUGUAAAUAAUAACAAUAAUAAUAAUAAUAAUACUAAUCAUCAAAUAACAAAAACGGCAAUUCAAGAAAUUUUCGAUAUAUCAAAUGAUGAUGAUGAUGAUGAAAUAGUGGAUGAUAUCGAUAAAGAACAAUAUCUAGCAUAUAUUGGUCUUCGACGUAAGACUAAAAAAUCAUCGAGAUCUAUUUCAAUAUUACGACCAUUAGCAAAACGAUUAGCAGCUCCUAUUUGUUUACUACCUUUACCUAAAUAUGGUCAACGUGUACGACAAGCUUUAUAUAUAUUAUUACCAUUUUUAAAAUUUUUAUCAAUUACACAUGAUAUUGAAGUAUAUUGUUCAGUGAACGAUCAAAUAACACACGAAUGUCUUUUAACACGUUCAGUAUCACAGACACGUACAUUAAAAACAAUAAACAAAAAAUCAAACAAACGAAAAGUAUCGAAGUCAGAAUUCAUUACUAUGGCAACCAAUACUUUUCGUAAUAAUACAAGAAGAACUCCGAUGGGUCAAUAUAUUCAUUCAACUCUACAAUGUCAUGUUGUACUUGAUCGUUUGGAACAAUCAACUAUUGAUCAGAUAAUGAAAAAUUCAAUUGAAGAUAAUCAAACAAAUAUUGCUAUAACAUCAAAUAUAAAACGAUCAUUACGAAAUACAUCUCAACAAGAAGAUUCUUCUAUUCCUAAAGUUCGACAAUCAUUAAAUCAAACAACAACAAAAACUACAACAACACGAACAACAAUAACAACCAUGACAACUGAAAAAACAACUGUUAAACAAAAAUUAACAACAACAACAUCAUCAUCAUCAUAUAAUGAUUCAAAACGUUUUAAAAAAACAUCUGACAAUGAUUGUUGUAUUGAUAUAUCUGAUAAUGAUCAAACAACAUUAACAUAUCAACGUAUUUAUUUAAAAUGUUUUGUUUGUUCAAAACGUGAAUAUAUUGAUGCACAAACUACAAAUAGUGACAUAUUACAUUCACAUUGGCUUGAACAUGGUAAUGAUUUAUCAUUAAAUAUUUAUGAUUCAAUAAUUGAUUCAAUUUUAACACGUGUUGUGGAAUUUUUCUAUUUUCCUAAACGACAACCAUUAGAAGGAAAAAUUCAAACUGUAUUUAUAUUAAAUUCAAAAGAAAUACGCAAGACUCCAUUGAAUUCAUUUGAUGAUGAUACAUGUAUAGUUCUUGAUUAA